UCAACCUGUCUUCCCCUUCCACCACCUUUCUGACGUAUGCGGCGAAUGAUGCAUCGGGGAGUGUUCGGUGGGGGUUAGAUAGUAAUCAAAAAUUCCUGUUUUCUUUGAUAAAUUGUAACAAUGGACAAAAAUGGGAAGAAGGUUAUUGUUUGUGACAACGGGACAGGGUUUGUCAAAUGUGGCUAUGCAGGAUCCAAUUUUCCUGCUCACAUUUUCCCAUCCAUGGUUGGGCGACCCAUUAUCCGAGCAGUCAACAAAAUCGGAGAUAUAGAAGUUAAGGACUACUGUGUCAGAGACUUGAUGGUUGGAGAUGAAGCAAGCAAAUUGCGGUCAAUGCUUGAAGUCAAUUACCCCAUGGAAAAUGGCAUUGUCAGGAAUUGGGAUGAUAUGUGCCAUGUUUGGGAUUAUACUUUUGGACCAGAAAAGAUGGAUAUAGACCCAAAGGAAUGUAAAAUUCUGCUAACUGAACCACCUAUGAAUCCAACUAAAAAUAGAGAAAAAAUGAUUGAGGUUAUGUUUGAAAAAUAUGGCUUUGCAGGAGCUUACAUUGCAGUUCAGGCUGUUUUAACCCUGUAUGCUCAAGGCCUUAUCACAGGUGUAGUAGUGGAUUCUGGAGAUGGUGUUACCCACAUUUGUCCUGUAUUUGAAGAAUUUGCUCUACCUCAUUUGACUCGUCGCCUGGAUAUUGCUGGAAGAGAUAUUACUCGGUAUCUUAUUAAGCUUUUGUUACUUCGGGGGUAUGCAUUCAAUCAUUCAGCUGACUUUGAAACAGUUCGUAUGAUGAAAGAAAAGUUGUGCUAUAUUGGGUAUGAUAUAGAAACUGAGCAAAAGCUGGCCUUGGAAACUACAGUUUUAGUUGAACCAUACACUCUGCCUGAUGGAAGAGUAAUCAAAGUUGGUGGUGAGCGCUUUGAAGCGCCUGAAGCCCUUUUCCAGCCUCAUCUUAUAAAUGUUGAAGGACAAGGCAUUGCUGAGCUUGUUUUCAACACCAUUCAAGCUGCAGACAUUGACAUGCGUUCAGAACUCUACAAACACAUUGUUCUCUCUGGCGGAUCUACAAUGUACCCUGGCUUACCCAGUCGACUUGAGAGAGAAAUCAAGCAACUUUAUUUGGAACGAGUUUUGAAAAAUGACACAAAUAAACUUUCGAAAUUUAAGAUUCGCAUUGAGGAUCCUCCAAGGCGAAAAGAUAUGGUUUUCAUUGGUGGUGCUGUCUUAGCUGAGGUUUCUAAAAAUUCAGACUCCUUCUGGAUGACCAAUGAAGAAUACCAGGAAAAUGGAGUUGGGGUAUUAAAAAAACUUGGUGCCAGGGGCAAUUAAAUCUUCUUUGCUAAGGCUUAUUUCUUAAAUUUUGUCAUUAUAUCUGUGGAGGGAGUUGUCAUUUAUCCCACAGAUAUUGCUGAGUUGACAGUUGAAACAUUUCCAAAGAAGUGUUAUGAAAUAAAUCCCUGGCAUUUUCUUGUGCGUCAGCGCUCAGUGUGUGCUCUAGUCCACGUCCAAGUGUACUACAGUAUUCUAUUUCUUACUUGUUUAGAAGGAGAGAAGAUUAUCUAUGUGAUAUUCUCUGAGCAUUUAACACAAGUGUACAAGGACUUCAAGGUAAAAUUCUUGUAAAAUUUUAUAUCCUUGAGUUGCAAACCUAAAAUGUUAUCUUAGUUAAUUGUAUGGAUUUUUUUGGGAAUGGGAGCAACAGCUUUGUCCACCAAAAUGUUUGCUCUUAGAAACAAUUUCUUUCUUAUAUGACUACAACCAGUGCUGCCAACAAAAGUCAAAUUUUAACAGUUUUGUACUGAUACUUAUUCAUAGCAUUACUUCUGUCUGUUUGUGAUUUUCUUUUCUCCCCAUUCAUUCAAUUUGACAGUUUGCAAAUCAAAAACAUCUCUUGUCAUCACAUAACUGAUCGACUUUUCAGUCUAAUUCUUUUCUUGUUAUUUUUAUUAUUUCUAUCCAUUCUCUUCUUUUUUUCCCUGUAAAGUGGAUAAUAUAUGUGAGGCUUUACAUUAGUGCUGUAUUGCUGGUAAUAUUCCAGUGGCUCUUUUGCCUCAGUUGAAGUUCCUAACCUGGACUACUCUUUUCCUAGCCAUGGGAUGCAAUUUGUGUAACUCAGCAUAGAGAUUGUGAUUUUUCUGUCGUGCUCAUUCUCCUGAAUAUAAUUCAACAUUUAGUUUUUGAAAGAUAUUGGUGUACUCUUUUGUAAACCUGUAUGUUUAACUUUUAGUAUGUGCUAGAAGUGCAACGUUGUCCAACCUGUAAGUGAAAAUGAAGAAGAGAGAAUUUGAAUUCAACGUUUCAUGAGAGUAAAAUUAUACAUAUUAAUUUUAAUGGAAGUAUUUUGGCACAUCAAUUGCCUUUUUGGCUCUGGAUGAGUGCUAUUAAUGGUAUAAGUAAUUUUUGAGUGCAACAAUGUUAGCAUUCCAUUGCUUGUAGAGCUAACAGAUUUUGUACCACCUCAUCAUUUUAUUUUUUAUUUUCCCAACCCCUCUUUAUUUUAUUAUCAAGUUUAUUUCUUGCUUAUAUUUUCUUUUGAACUGUAUGAUUGUGACCAGAUUUAUAAUAAAUGUGAAUGUUUGUGUAACAAUCUUUGUACUGAAUUCUGUAUGCAUUUACUGUUGUUCUAAUUUUAUAUAAAGUUGUUAAAAAAAUGGAGGAAUGUAAAUGAGCAAUAAAAUGUACGUUGAAAAUAUCA